AUGGAAUCGUUCAAAUACGAGCCUCUCGACCUGGAUGGGCCAGCCUUUCGCCUCGUCCGUCUGUGCCAUGGAUAUGGAUCACGUAUCGACUGCGAGAUCUUUCAAGCGUGGCUCUACCCAGAGCAAAGUCCUAUUUCGUAUGAAGCUCUUUCAUAUACCUGGGGUUCCACCGAAAUUGUGAGGACCGUACGAAUGAACGGAAAAAGACAUGGUAUUACACACAACCUAUACCUUGCGCUCCAGUAUCUUCGCUUCCGCGAUCAGGACCGGAUCCUUUGGGUGGAUGGGAUUUGUAUAGACCAGACCAAUGAUAAGGAGCGUGGGCAUCAGGUUCGUCACAUGGGGGAUAUAUACAAACAGUCCGAAAGAGUCAUAUUUUGGCUGGGCGAGCCAACAGACGCGACGGAUGUGAUUCUAAAUUCUCUAAGAGAGCUCCAGAAGGAAAGUACCGAGCAUGCGUCCAAAAUGUGGGAACUCUCGGACCGGCGCUGGGUCGGACUCUGGUCAGCCGUACAGUCUGGCUAUCCCGACCUCCAAUUGCAACAGCGCCAGGGCUUUAAGGAGCUGCUGAGCAGGCCUUGGUUUAAGAGGGUUUGGAUCCUGCAAGAAGUGGCCAAUGCAAGAGCUGGCCUAGUGUGCUGCGGAGAAGCAUCCGUCUCGGCUCAUAUCUUUCCUGUCGCUCCUCUUUUACUAAAUGUGUGCCCGCGUGCACAUUGUCAAGCGGUCCUGGAUAUAAUGCCUGGGCCAUCACGGAGUGGCACAUGGUGGAACAUGAACAGAGAUCUUUAUACCCUCCUAAUCAAAUUUUGUGAGAGCCAAGCAGGCCUUCCUUGCGAUAAGAUAUAUGCCUUGCUUGGAUUAUCCUCGGAUGCGCAGGACACGGAUAUGAUAAGACCUGAUUAUGAGAAGAGCGAACAUGAUCUCAUCCAAGAUGUGGUUCGCUUUCUAUUUGAUGACCAUACAUAUUGUACCCAGAAAUCAUACUUUCCAACAUUGCGGAAGCUAGUAAAGAAUCUGGGAGUACUAAAUGGACUUUUCCUACAGCACCACAUGUGGUCAUCAAACCUAGAAGACUUGGAGACUAUCCUAGACAGGCGCUAUUUUGGGAUUGCCAAGACAGACAUUGAAGCCGCUGCACUCGCAAGCGUACAGGCCAUAGGCAACUUUCGUCGAGGCAUUCCUAGAACAAGUGAUGGGGUGGCCAUGGAUGCAACAGAGAUUUGGGACCACCUAAAGAGCUUGGUGCUCCUUCUUCAGCACCGAGGAUAUAGAAUUGAAAGGGCAGAGGAAUUACUCCUAAUAACGUUAUCAAAGAACAGCGACAGACCACAUAUUUUGAAUACCCUUCUUCAACGACGAGCCAGUGAAAUCACAAUCACGCACAAAGUGUGGCUUGCCAUGUCACAAAAACAAUUCUAUCCUUCGCAAGCCGGUCACACUCUAUUUCAGCAACAGGGAAAUGAAAUUCGGAUCACAAAUGACGUGCUCAUCGCAGCAGCAUCGAACAUUGUCUAUGGCCUGGAACUCAUGCAGCUUCUUAUUCAGCACGGAGGCAAUGAGAUACGGGUCACCGAGGGAGUUCUUAUCGCAGCAGUCUCGAAUAAAUGCUAUGGAUUGGACCUCGUACAGCUUCUCCUCCAGCAACGGGGCAACAAAGUGCAAAUCACAGACGCAGUGCUGAAAAGGGCAGGACAGAAUGUGCUCGAACAACAACCAAGAGCUGACAUGCUAAUGAAGCUUCUUCUUAAACAGAAUGAUAGCAAGAACCAGAUUACGUAUAGGUUAAUUAGAUACGCAGGAUGGAACCACCGCGAGGUACGAAAACUGCUGUGCCAUGUUUCCAUACCACAGGCGUUCCGCGGGCUUCUGGGUCUGGCAGGUGCCGCCUAUCUACAAGGACAUCGUCCAACAUCCACUAACGAGACCAACCAACACUCCCUGCAAGAUAACCGACAAGCUAUCCUCGAGGACUUUUCUCACCUCUUCUACGCCGAAAAGAAAGUCGCCGAAGCAUUCAACAAAUACGUGGCUGAAAACUACACCCAACAUAACCCGAAUAUCUUGGACGGAAGACAGGCUGCCAUUGAAGCCUUGACUCCCUUAUUCUCGACGGAGGGCAUUGUCUUUGAAAUCCACCAACUCUUUGUGGGUGGCGACUAUGGACUUGUUCAUGUGAAGUCUGUUACGCCAGGGCAGAAUGAUACGGCGGUCAUGGAUAUGUAUCGCUUCGAGGGAUUGAAGAUUGUGGAGCACUGGGAUGUAUUGCAGACUAUGACUGCAGGAGUGAAUCCUCAUCCGUUCUUUUAG